AUGUGUGUUGACGGUUUUGUUUGCGGAUGGAGAGAUGAGAAUCAUGUUCCAAUUUGCAAUUUCGGUACAAGAGAAGUAAGAUUUAUUCGGUGCCCGAAAGAGUUUGUUAACGAAGAUUACCCAGUGUGUUCAAUUGGUUUUGAACCAGAAGAACAAAAGUAUAAACUUUGGUUGACACUUCAUCUCACUGAUGGGUACACAAGAAAUUGGGUGUUCACAUUAGACCUAGAUAAAUCAUGGAGACAGACUAAAUGCAAUGCCCGUUUUUUCCCAACCAGGAAGAGAGUUUGUUUUAAUGGAGUAAUCUUUAUGUUCAGUUAUGGCUAUCGCGAUUCGCUGUUCCAAAUAGUUGCAUUUGAUGUCAAAGCUGAAACUUUCAGCACUUUCACGUUUUCACCUACUUUACCAUUCAAUGACUACAUCCAUUAUAACCUGAUAGAAGUGAAGGGAAAAUUAGGCGUCUUGAACUAUUCCAGCGAAGACUUACAGUUGUGGGUUUUCGGAAAAGCUCAAAACGACGAUUGGAAGAGGCACAUUAUUCCCUGUCCUUCACAAUGGGAAGGCAUUGAUGUUAAACUGAAAUCAUAUUCGAGUUUUAUCUGUUCUUCUUGUGAUGGGGAGAUUAAAUUUGAAAGUAUUACGAAGUCAGGUUCUUACAUCUAUAUCUGUUAUAAUAUCACGAGAGAAAGCUGGAGAGAAUUUGAAGUUGGAACACUUUAUGUAAAGAGUGAGUUCGAUGGCAUUUUUUGCCAUGUAGAAAACCUCUUCCCAUUGGGAAAACUCUGCAAUGCUAAUCUCCAAGAUUAA